AUUUGUCCAAGAAUAGAUUAACUGAAGUUCCUAUGGAGCUGUGCCAUUUUGUGUCACUGGAAACACUAAACCUAUACCACAAUUGUAUUAAAAUUAUUCCAGAUGCUAUAGUGAAUUUACAAAUGCUGACUUACUUAAAUUUGAGUCGAAAUCAGCUUUCUUCUUUGCCAGCUUGCCUGUGUGGUCUUCCUCUAAAAGUCUUAAUUGCAAGUAACAAUAAGCUAGGUUCCCUUCCAGAAGAGAUAGGUCAGCUAAAACAGUUAAUGGAACUGGAUGUCAGCUGCAAUGAAAUCACAGCUUUGCCACAGCAGAUAGGCCAGUUGAAAUCUCUAAGAGAACUGAAUAUCAGAAGAAAUUACCUCAAGGUUUUACCACAAGAACUAAUAGAGCUUCCCUUGGUAAAGUUUGACUUUUCCUGCAAUAAAGUGCUCGUGAUUCCAAUUUGUUUUAGAAAGAUGCUGCAGUUACAAGUAUUAUUGCUUGAGAACAAUCCUCUGCAGUCUCCACCAGCACAAAUUUGUAUAAAGGGUAAAGUGCACAUAUUCAAAUAUCUGAGCAUACAGGCAUGCCAGAUUAAAACAGCAGACUCACUUUAUCUUAAUGCCAUAGAACGACCACACUUGCAGCAACCUGUGGAAGAAAGCAUUGAUGAUAUAUAUCCAAGUAAGAAGGAUUCUGAUUCAGGUGUUGGCAGUGAUAACGGAGAUAAACGUUUGUCAGCUACAGAGCCCUCUGAUGAAGAUACUGUCUGCCUUAAUGUACCAAUGUCAAACAUUAUGGAAGAAGAUCAGAUUAUAAAGGAAGAUUCGGGUCACCACAUCAACCUAGUCCAAGAAUUUCAUCAGGGACCUUCGCUCAUGAUUCACAAUGAGAAGACAAGAGAAGCAGGAAACCAGUUUGCUGAAGGAUCACAUCCCCUCACGACUGAAUUUAUGAGCUACAUCAAGGGCAGAGCAGCAGAAUGUGAUGAAUUAUUGCGAAUAGAAGAGGACACACAUUGGCAAACAGAAGGAAUAACAAAUACAUCAAACAAGCAAAAUAUUGAUAUAGCCAUGAUAGAUAAUUUAAAAGAAGCAGUAGAUUUGCUACAAGAUCCCAACAGAUUAAGCAUGGAUAUUACAGAGAGCAGUGAUGUGAAUCUGUAUCCCAUGGAAUCAACAACAGAUUUAGAAUUACAGGAUUCUACAGUAAAUGGCCAAAUGCAGAUGGAGGAGGCGCCUAUCUAUCAGAAUGAAAAUGCUGAGGAAGAACUAGAAUGUCAGAAGAGGAGAGAAUUGAUUAUAGAGAAAACCAAGACUGAAGCCAAAAUAGCAUAUAAGCAGGAUGAGACGCAACUACUGAGUCAGAAUGAUCUGAUUGUCUGGAAUAUAGGAGGAUGCAGUUCUCACAAUGAGAGUACGGAAAAAACUCCCACACAAUCUCCUACUACAAACAGCACAGCUCCUUUUGGCCUGAAGCCACGGUCAGACCCACCCCUCACUCUUCCUCCUAUCUCCUUCAACAAACUUACACAGGCUCAAACAUGGGACAGCUAUAGCUACAGUAUCCCAUCUGAAGGGGACACUGACAAUGUAUUUUUAAGACCUCAGAGAAAUUUGGAAUCCAUAGACCCUCAAUUUACAAUUCGGAGGAAAAUGGAACAGAUGAGAGAAGAGAGAGAACUUGUGGAGCAAUUGCGUGAGAAGGGAAAUUUUAUGCCUAAACUUAGCAUGGCCAAAUGCAGGAGAAAUGUGGAAAACUUUCUGGAUGCAUGUAGGAAACUGGGUAUACCAGAGGAGAAGCUCUGCCUACCACAUCACAUCCUAGAAGAAAAGGGCUUGGUAAAAGUGAGCAUAACAGUUCAAGCAUUGCUAGAUGUAACCACAAUGAAGCAAGCUUUAUUCACAUGAAACUACUAUUUCUGCUGUAAUCAGCUCCAAUGUGCCAUAGAACUAUCAAAACACUGCUCGUCUUUUCAAAGUGCAUUGAAAAAUAUCCUCCUGCUCCAAAAGAGUAUUCCUACAUUUCUGAACUGAAAUCAUCUUUCAGACUAUCUGUAUAUAUUGAACUGCAAACUAAUAAUCAUUUUAUAAAACAAACUGGCAUUUCACUGCUUUUAGAGCUCAAAUUUGUACAGCACCCAUUAAAACAGCCACCUCUCUGCCACUUACAUAAGUGUGGAGUACAGCUGCCUUGCAGCAAAAUAUCUUCAUCUUAUUAAAGCAAGAGCAUCUUCAUUUUUUUUUUUAAAUCCGAAUUUUAACCUUUUGUUUUUCUGCAGUUGCUUCAGGCCAUUGCCUUUUAAAAAUAUUCAGACAUAAAAUAUUUAUAUAAAUAUUAUUUAUUAGUGAGUUGUUAUUCAUCCUUUGGAUGCAAAAUAUAAAUUAGGAAACUGUAUUUUAUUACUGCUUUUUUGUGGUUAAACACUUUAUUUUAAUAUAAAAUUUUAGUUAUUUUUUAUUCUACUUGGUGUGCAGUAAUUCUAGAUCUCCAUAAUCGUACUUUCUAAUAUGUAUGAUAAACAGUAAGCAAAACUAGGUGCUUUAAUGAAAAGAACUGUGAGCUGGGAUGGCAUUCUAUGGGUUGGGGUUUGUGGAAGAUUAGUGUAGUUUCUCUGCAUUCCAGUUAGUUUCCAACAUUCCAGCAGCACUUCCCCCACCCCCCAUUAGAUGAAACUGGUUGAACUAAAGAGAAGCACACCUUUUUAUUUGUAUAUAGCUGUUAUUAAACAAAAAAAAAAAGGAAAGAUUAAACUUGAAAACAUAAAUGUGAACAAAUAUUUUUGAUUGAUACUUAUUUUACUAUGCACAAGACAUUAAACUUUUAUUACAACAAAAUAACUGAUGUGCAUUAGCAUCACGUGUCUUGAAAUAUAAUUUUGCACUGUACUCGGGUAAUCUUAAAAGGAUACAGCACUAUGGAACAAAUAAAAAAUAGCACAAGAAAUGUGAAAAUAGAAAGUUUUCUAGAGUGUCAAAUGUAUGUUUGGUAUUUUUUAAAAAGAGAAAAUAUAAUUUCAUUACAGUUAUUUUAGGGAGUUGUAAAGGCCUGAUCCUUCAAAUAUGGACUGCAGAUUGCAGGGCUUAUUACAUUGUAGCUAAUGUACUUCCGUGGGAUUUCUCAUCUUACUACGCACACUGCCCUGUAGUGAGUGUUUGCAGGAUCAGACCCCUUGUCCCAAUUCAGCAGUAGGAAAUAAAGUGUUUUUUUUUGUUACUUUUCAUUUCAAAAAGGAUGUUUUAAAGCUGAAGUUAUUGUUCAGUCCUUGUCAGACAAGUAUUUUAGGUAGAAAAGUUCUAGCAUAGUGAUUUUCACAACCUUUUAAACAUCCAUUUUUUUGGUAUGGAAAUCUAGUGAUGUAAGUGAUUUAGGCAAACAAGACAGGGAAGUUGCAUGUGGUAAAAAGGAUGGCUGUUAGGGGUCCAUGUUACAUUUAAGGAAGGAGAGUUUGAAAUGCAUUACAGCAAAAGUGAGACAAUGUAGAGGGCAAAUUAAAUAGAGAAAGAGGCUUUGGAGAGAGAAAUAAUCUGUUUGAAAGAAUGUGGACAUAGAAAGACACUGCAUUUAAAAAAUCACCAGUAUUCCAAUGAAUUACAUUUUUAAUCCUGAAUAUAUACAGUGUUUGAAUGCAGACCUUGUAUUUUUGACAUCACAGAUUAUGGUACACAUCGACAACAAUCUGUUGGGGGGGGGGAUGUGAACUCAAGGACAAUAUGACGACACAUACAGUAUGCAUGGACUAUUCAGUUAUUCGAACCAAAGCAAAAGUACUAUAGAGGGAACAUUGUUCUAUAGAGGGAACAUUGACUUACAUUGCAAUUUUGACUGGCAGCUAGCAUAUGGUUUCCUAUAAAAUGUAUUGUGCACUUUAACACUAAAUUAAAAUGUAUUUUAAUAUUUUACAGAGCUGCACAAAUACCUGUUUUGUCAAAUAGCAUGAACAAUGUAAAGAAAAUAAGUUUUCAACUCAGAGUAUAUCAAACUUUAAAAGCAUUCAAAAAUUGACUAUAUAAAUGAUUGCUGCAUCGAGGGGUAAAAUGCAGGUUCCUGAGUAUUUUUUUUUUUUUACAAUGUAUAUAUGGCAAAAUGAAGCUUUGUAAUUAUUAUUUUGACAUCCUGUUUUUUUUCCAUCAUUAAAAUUUGGUUUUCUCCUAGUAGUGACUUUCAGUAUUUGCUUAAAGUUGGCUGUAAAUAGCGCUUAAAUAUUUUGUAAUACGGCUUUUUUUAUGCAGUCUUAACCUGUAUGGCUAAAAAGAGAAUUUCAUGAAUCUUUGUACACUUUAUAUGUGCAAUAAAAAAUGCAUGGCCUCCUGACAAUAUCAUAAACAAUGAACAUUGUGUAUAUAGUGCAAACUUUACUGUAGCUGCAAUUAAAUCAUUUUAUUUGUAUUCAUUUACUAUCCUGCGACUGAGAAUUUGUACAAUAAAUCUAUAGUUGCUGGAGGAAAUCAGAAGCAAGUAAAAGAAGCAAAGUGCUUUUUUUUUUUUUUUUUAGAAACCAAAGUUCAAGCCAGAUCUAACUGAAGGCCCUUUGCUCUUGCAGAAUCUCUCGCCAGACAAGUUGCUAGAAACCCUCACCAUACACACAUGCAAAUAGACAGUUGUUAUGUUUGGGUUGUUCUGGGUGUGUUCUUGUAGCAUAGCUGUAUUUCAUGUAAAAGCUUUCUUUGAUGCAUUCUGUGCUGAGAGACCAGCAAAAGCUACGUAGCUAUCUUCCUGCUCUGCUUAAAUCAGUCAACACCUUAACUGGAUUAUUUUAUGAUCCUCCUCCAGUUUCUAGUUUAUUUGCCCACAAUUGGGGCAGUAGAGCUGUAGGGA